AAAGCUUAAUAAUUCAUCGACGCAGGUGUUGUCCUAGUCCCACUGAUCAUGGACGUGGUCCGCGCAGGCGAAGUGAGGCGAAAGUUUGUGUCCAAAUGUGAAAUCCAACUCAAAAUGCCAGCAAAUCAAGCGACUCUUAACAAGCUAGAAGCCGUGUUAGUGCGACUGGAAUUGGUGGCCGAUAAACUUGGCCAAGCGGAGAGUUCGAUUCAAAAAGGUGGUUCUCAAGCGGACAUACAAGCUUUGGUGGAGCGACUCGAAAAAGCGGCAGGAAAACUCGAACAGCUAAAAUCUGGAAAGAUCGGUGAAGGAUCUGGAAAGAUUGUUCAAUUCUACGACGAGUUUUUCAAGGGAAAGAUACAGGCCUUUUUCAAAUUAUCAAAUGAAAUAGGAGGCGAUUUGAGAGCUCAGGUUGAUCUAGCCAAAAACACAUUUCAAGCACUGAGGGAAUUUUUGGUGAAAGCUUCACAGACAAAACUACCGUCUAAAAAUGAACUUGCCACCAUGGUUAAACCGAUUGCUCAGUGUAGGGAGGAAGUGGAGGCUUUCCGCGACCGUAACCGUUCAAGCAAACAAUUCAACCAUCUGUCAGCGGUCAGUGAAGGAAUGGAUGCACUGUUAUGGGUGGGAGCGCCUGGAAAGCCAGAUAUUUUUGUGAGGGACAGGAAGGAUGGAGCGGUUUUCUAUACAAACCGAGUUUUGAAGGACUUCAAACAAGAUCCAUUGCACACUGAGUGGGCUCACAGUUUCAUCGGCGCUUUAAUCGAACUACAACAGUACUGCAAGGAGUUCCAUCCGAUGGGUGUCACGUGGGCUUCUUGAAAAAAAGGCGCUACAUCUCUACCGGCUACUCGGUCUGGAAUACAUGAACUUGAUGAACUUCUGAAUGAAAAAAAAGCUAAACAUUUUAAGAAGCUGUAUUUUUGGCCUGCUUUGUUUUCCUUUUAUUUCAAUAACCUCCAAGUAGAGAAAUGUUUAGCUGUGCAAUAGACUGUCAUGUCGUAAAAACGAAAAAAAAAGAGUUGGUCGUUUCA